AUGCAGACGGAUCAGGGCCAUUUCUCGGUGGCUGCCCUCGGGGUGGCCGUCGUUGUCGUCUUCUACGUGCUGAACGUGCUGCAGCGCAAAUGGAAGCAGGCUCGUUUCAUCAAAGAAAACCGCUGCGAAUCCGUCGCCCUCUCCACGGAAAGUCGUCUGUUCGGCAUCAAUCAGCUGCGCGAGAACGUCGACGCGGCCAAGAGCCACCGAUUCCUCACCCUCACGGAGCAGCGAUUCCAGCGCUACGGGUACACAUUCCGUGCGAAGCGGUUCGCCACCUCCUUUGUCAACACCUGCGAGCCCCUGAACAUCAAAACCGUCCUGUCGCUCAAGUUCAAGGACUACAGCCUGGGCGGCCGCAUCGACACCUUUGGCCCGUUGCUGGGUCAUGGCAUCUUCACGGCGGACGGCGAGCACUGGGCGCAGUCGCGGGCGAUGGUGCGCCCCAAUUUCGUCAAGGAGCAAGUCGCCGACCUGGAGAAGUUCGAGGAGCUCAUGCAGGGCCUGCUGGAGCUGAUCCCGACGGACGGAUCGACGGUUGACCUGCAGGAUCUGUUCUUCUGCUACACGAUCGAUUCCGCGACGGAGUUCCUCUUCGGCCACAGCGUGCAGAGCCUGCAGAAGCGCCUGUCGGGCGUGUCGCUCGACGAGAACGAUUUCGCCUCCGCCUUCAACUACGCCCAGGACGCCAUCGCCCACAAAGCCCGUCUCGGCUUCCUGCGCCGCUUUGUGCGCGACCCCAAGGCCGACCACGCCAACCGAGUGUGCCACGAGCUCGUCGAGCAGUUUGUCGACAAGGCGCUGAAGUACCGCGAACACUACGACGAGGAGAAGGCCGAGGGAGACGAGGCGAAGCGCGCGCGGUAUCUCUUCCUGCAGGGGCUGGCCAAGCAGACGGGCGAUCGGGACCGCAUCCGCGACGAGCUCAUGAACAUCCUCCUCGCCGGCCGCGACACCACCGCGUCGCUUCUGAGCAACAUGUUCUUCAUGCUGGCGCGAAACCCGGAGAUCUGGAACAAGCUGCGCGAGGAGGUUGCGACGCUUGAGGGCCGCGCCCCCACCUACGAGCAGCUGCGCAACCUGACCUAUCUGAAGUACUGUCUGAACGAAUCCCUCCGUCUGCACCCCGUCGUCCCGAUCAACUCGCGUCGAGCUAUCAGGGACACCGUCCUGCCGCUCGGCGGCGGCCCCGACGGCAAAUCCCCCGUCUUCGUGCCUCAAGGUACCAUCGUGACCUACAGCGUGUGGGCGAUGCACCGUCGUGAGGAUCUGUAUGGCCCCGACGCCAGCGAGUUCCGCCCGGAGCGCUGGGCCGACCUGCGUCCGGGCUGGGAGUAUCUGCCGUUCAACGGCGGCCCGCGCAUCUGCGUCGGACAGCAGUAUGCCCUGACUGAGGCGGGCUACGUGACGGUCCGUCUGGCGCAGCAGUUUACGACCCUGGAGAGCCGCGAUCCCGGUCCGUGGGAGGAGGGUCUGACGCUGACGCUGUGCUCGCGCAACGGCACCAAGGUCAGUCUGCGGCGGUAG